AACGGUUGUGCAGCAAGUGGUACCGUUGAAGCAGGAGCCUCAGAAGAACAAGACGACGACGAGGCAGUCACAGAAGUGGCCAUCAGAUUCGUGCCUAGUGAUGAAUCCGUUUUGCAGGAGCUUUACCAACAAAUGUGUGAGUGUCAGUCGUUGAAUCGAGAUGAAGAUGAUGACUUGUCAGAGGAAUUCGAUGAUGGUUAUGAAGAGUAUGGCGGUGACGGUACUGAGGAAUUGAUGGGACAACAAAUGGGUCAAGGUGACGGUCAGUGGUAUACAAUGGAAACUGAGGGUGAGCCAGAACUAAGUGCAGAAGGAAUGGCAACACUGCAAAGAAUUAUGGCCAAUAGUCAA